AUGAGGAAUGUUUGCUCAAAAAAUAAUGUAUGGAAUGUCACCACUUCAGAAUGCACUUCAUCUUACCAAGUUCCCUGUCAAUUACGUCAACAAUGUGGAAAUGCUGGGCGACAUAACGAGAAAAGUGAACAAAGUGGAGCUCUAUGGAUAUCUGCUUGCUACACACCAGGAAGUAAUUCUUCAGUGAGUGUUUUAUUCUCAAGUGUACGAGGUGGAUUAUUUCACUGGGAUUACAAAGGAACGCCUAGCUGUAUGUCGCUUGACAGUCAGGGACAUUCUAUGCUAAUUUUCUCAAUGCACUACUUUCUUAAUUCACCAGGACUGGUAAUCACUUUGAGUCAAGAUAGAUUUUUGAUUGUUUGGCAGUUGGUGGAAGGAUCUAACCUGUCAGUGGUCCUCAAAGUACCUACAAUGUCUGCAGUUGCAGGUCUUUCAGAGGGCUCCAUCAUAUUUUGGAAGUUUCCUGCACCAGAAUUGUUUGGCGAAAGAAAUUCUUCUGAUAAUCAAAACAGAGAAACAAAGUUUGUUUCAAUAUCACCUCGAGAAUGCAAAUCAUCUUCCAUAACCACACUGUCUUGUCAUCCUUUACCGCAGUUUGAGAAUGUUAUUGCUUAUGGCACUGAAUCAGGUUGUGUGGAGAUUGUAGAUAUUAAUAAGCUACGAAGAAUGAAAUCACAAAAGCGUGAACCGCAGCUGUAUGCAUUUGGUUCAACUGUAUAUCGAGUUGCCUGGGGGCCUUUACUAUUUUCUGAUAUAUAUCGUAGAAAGGCAUAUAAAAGUGAAGAGAGAACUAGCGAAAUCAAUCAUUCAAAAUCUGAUAAUUCUAGCAUUUCAACAACGCAUUUAAUUGCACAAGAAGAUUAG